UUUCCAAACUUGGAUAAGGUGGAUAAGACGUUCAAAGCUCUGUUGGUGUGUGUCCAGGAUGGCACGGGUGGUGUUUCUCCAUCCGGAUUUGGGCAUAGGUGGAGCCGAGCGUCUGGUGGUCGAUGCUGCUGUCGCUCUGAAGUCUCGGGGGUGUAGCGUCCAGAUCUGGACGGCCCAUUACGACUCAACACACUGCUUCUCUGAGACCCUGGACCCAGACCUGCCUGUGGUAUGUGUGGGUGACUGGUUACCCACCAGUGUGUUUGGCUACCUGCACGCACUAUGUGCUUAUGUGAGGAUGAUCUAUGUUGCCCUCUACCUGGUCUUUCUCAGCGGGGUGGAGUAUGACGUUGUCUUCUGUGAUCAGGUAUCCGUGUGUAUCCCGGUGCUGAGACUGUCUCGUUAUAGAAAGAAGGUUUUGUUCUACUGUCACUUUCCUGACCAGCUGUUGACACAGAGGAAAUCAGCCCUGAAGAAGCUUUACCGUGCUCCCAUCGACUUGCUGGAGGAACGGACCACUGGUAUGGCUGAUAUGAUUCUGGUAAACAGCCAGUUCACCGCAGGCAUCUUCAGGGAGACCUUUCAUAGUCUAAGAGGACUCCAGACAGAUGUCCUCUAUCCCUCCCUCAACAUGCGUAGCUUUGACCAGCCAUCUACUGAAGCACAAGGCCUGGAAGGGCUGCUCCCUGAGGGAACCUCCUGCCUGUUUCUCUCUCUGAAUCGAUAUGAGCGAAAGAAGAAUCUGGGCCUGGCUCUGGAGGCUCUGGCAGCCCUGAGGAGCAGCCUCCCUCCAGGCCAAAGAGCGGGCAUUCACCUGGUGGUGGCGGGGGGCUAUGAUGACCGCGUAACUGAGAAUGUUGAACAUUAUGCUGAACUGAAAGAGCUAACAGCGCAGCUCCACUUGGACGACUGUGUCACUUUCCUGCGUUCCCCCUCUGAUUCACUAAAGGUGGCACUGCUGCGGGACAGCGCCGCGGUGCUGUACACCCCGAGCAGAGAGCAUUUUGGGAUAGUUCCCGUAGAGGCCAUGUACUCCUGCUGUCCUGUUAUCGCAGUGAACUCCGGGGGCCCCCUGGAGAGCGUGGCAGAUGGGGAGACGGGGUUUCUAUGCGAGCCCACGGCGGAGGCCUUCUCUAAGGCAAUGGAGAGGCUUGUCAGGGAACCGCAGCUCCGCAGGGACAUGGGGCAAGCUGGGAGGAGGAGGGUACAAGAUAAGUUCUCUCUUCAGGCCUUCUCAGACCAGCUGUAUGGGUACAUUGUCAGGCUGAGCCAGUGAUAUGGAAACAGGGUAAAAGCAGAAGACAGCCAGAGGAAUAGCAGGAACUACAUUUUCUUACUGAACUAUGAAACUGAUGGUGGAUGGGGGUCUGCAGAGUGGAAGUCUUCUAUCAGAGAAUGUAUGUGUAUAUGUGCAGAGAGGUGUGGGUGGAGGGGCGGGGGGGGGGGACUUAAGAGGACAAUUAAUCAGCAUUCCCCUGGAGGGGUUGCUGAGAGGAAAAACAGGACGGAAUUUCUAUACCAAUUAAGAAAAGAGUAACGAGUUUACCUACCCUAUCUCUGAAAAAAUACCACCCCUGCAAGUGUGUGUGUGUGCGUGUAAGCGUGCGUGUGUAGCAGCACAGCAACCAAGAUCCUAGCAAAUGAGCAUACCAAAAGGAUUGAUUGUUAGAAUGAAAUGUUUUGCACUGUGUAUGUUUUUCCUGUCCUCUCUACAGUAGUCUUUGUCUUUGUGUGUUUGAGGCUGAAGAAGAAGAAUGUAGUUACCACCAUGUCCCAUCAGGCAGUGCACAGUCCCAGAUCGAUAAACAGGAUGCUUUCCACUACUUCCUGUCCGCUCAGAGCUUUGUUCCCCUUCUAGCAUUCAGAAGACGCUGGCCUGUCCAUGACUCUUGCUGCCGCGUGGAGGUUAUUAGCAGAUGAUAGAGAGUGUUUGGCUUCAUUAGAAGGUCUGGCUGAUGGGCAGUGUGCCUGUGUCUGGGUCAUUAUCAACAAGGAGAAUAGCUGAAGGUCAUUGUGUCUGCGUACUGGACUCCUCAGCCCUCCUACUGUAUAGAAAUGCUCUUAUUGACAUUCCUGAAGUCAUAAUAAACAAGAGGACACAUA